UCUGGGUCUCGCUCCAGUGUCCUCUCAGGUGCGGCCAGCACCAUGGACACCUCGCAGGCUCUGCCUCUCUUCCUAUUCCUGGCCUCCAGAAUAGGGGUCCUGGCCCUCAGAGCCUCUCCUGAACUUCAGCAAACCAACUUCUCCUCUGCCUCGUCCUCAGACUCAGAAAGCUCCUCCCAGGGCCUGGCUUUGAAAGUUUCCUCCAUCAAACCCCCCAGCUGGAAAUUCCCAGAUCAGUCUUCAGGUUCUAAAGCCUCUGCUGAAAUCCCUGAUUCCAACUGGUUUCCUGAGGCCCUGAAUUCAAACGAUGUGUCUGGGUCCUUCUGGCCAAAUGUUACUGUGGAGGGCCAAAAUUUGAGCCCAGAUCCCACCUUCUCUGAAAUCCCUGGUUCCAAAGUAUUUCCUGAUAUCUCGCAUUCUCAAGUUUCUGCCAAAGACCCCGAGCCUUCCUUCUCUGUUAAGACCCCAGCUUCAACCAUUUUUGCUCAAGUCCCGGAUACCCAAGUAUCUGUUGAGACCCCAGGUUCAAAAUUCUCCCCUGAGGAUCUAGAUCUUGAAAACUCCACGCAGAGCCCAGAAUCCAAAGUUCCUGCUGAGACUCACCCCGAGGCAAAAUUCCCCCAGCAGGUGGGGGGGCCUUUUGCUGUGCUGGUGGGGACCACUAUCCGACUUCCCCUGGUUCCAGUCCCCAGCCCUGGUCCCCCUGCGCCCCUAGUGGUCUGGCGCCGGGGCUCCAAGGUGCUGGCAGCUGGGGGUCUGGGGCCGGGGGCUCCUCUGCUUAGCCUGGACCCUUCUCGCCAAGAACGCCUGCAAUUUGACCAGGCCCAAGGAGGUCUGGAACUCGCCUCUGCCCAACUGGACGAUGCGGGGAUCUACACAGUUGAGGUCAUCCGGGGCGGGGUCUCGCGGCAGAUUCGGGAAUUCACAGUGGGCGUGUAUGAGCCCCUACCCCAGCUGUCGAUGCAGCCCGAGGCCCCAGAGACAGAGGAGGGAGCAGCCGAGCUCAGGCUACGCUGCGUGGGGUGGGAGCCGGCUCGAGGGGAACUGAGCUGGAGCCGGGAUGGACGCGCCCUGGAGGCCGCGGACCCCGAGGGAGCGCAGCCGCCCAGGAUCCGCGCAAAGGGCGACCAGCUGGUCAUCGGGCGCCCAGUGCGCAGCGACCACGGCCGGUACACUUGCCACGUCCGCAGCCCCUUUGGCUCCACCGAGGCUGCAGCCGACGUCAGCGUCUUUUACGGCCCAGACCCCCCUGUCAUCACGGUCUCCUCGACUCGAGACGCUGCCCCAGCCGUCUAUGUCACCGCGGGCAGCAACGUGACCUUGCGUUGCGCCGCCGCCUCACGGCCGCCCGCCGACAUCGCGGGCCACGCCGGCGCCUACGCCUGCCUCGCCCCAAACCCGCGCACGGGCAGCCGCCGCCGCUCGCUGCUCAACCUCACGGUGGCGGAUCUGCCCCCCGGAUCUCCACAGUGCUCAGUCGAAGGGGGUCCCGGAGACCGCAGCCUGCGCUUCCGCUGUUCGUGGCCAGGAGGGAUCCCUGAAGCCUCCCUGCAGUUCCAGGGUCUCCCCGAAGGCGUCCGAGCAGGGCCGGGGCCCUCCCCACUAGUGGCGGCCGUCCCCGCUCAUCCCCAGCUCAGCGGCGUCCCUGUCACCUGCCUUGCUCGACACCUGAUGGCCACGCGCACUUGCACUGUCACCCCGGAAGCCCCCCGAGAGGUGUUGCUACAUCCGCUGGUGGAGGAGACACGAUCAGGGGAGGCAGAGGUGGCACUGGAGGCAUCUGGUUGUCUCCCACCCUCACGAGCAUCCUGGGCCCGGGAAGGGCGGCCUCUAGCUGCAGGAAGUGGGAGUCGCCUGCGGCUCAGCCAAGAUGGGCGGAAGCUCCUCAUUGGCAACUUCAGCCUGGACUGGGACCUGGGAAAUUACUCCGUGUUGUGCAGUGGGGCGCUGGGUGCUGGGGGCGACCAGAUCACCCUCACUGGACCCUCUGUCUCCUCAUGGAGGCUGCAGAGAGCCCGGGAUGCAGCAGUGCUGACUUGGGAUGUGGACCGUGGGGCCCUGAUCAGCGGUUUUGAGAUCCAAGCACGGCCAGAGGGGCCUGACCUGGGCAGAACCUCCACCUACAAGGACUGGGUCUCCCUGCUUAUCCUGGGGCCUCGGGAGCGGUCAGCUGUGGUGCCCCUUCCUUCUGGGAACCCUAGGACCUGGGCCUUGCGUAUCCUGCCCACCCUGGGGGGCCGGCCAGGGACUCCGUCACAAAGCCGAGUCUACCAGGCCGGCCCCACCCUGAGCCCCUGGGCCAUCGCUGGCAUCGUCCUGGGCUCCCUACUGGGCCUGGCACUACUGGCAGUGCUUCUCCUCCUGUGCAUCUGCUGCCUGUGCCAUUUUCCGGGAAAGAGUCCUAAGAAAAAGAAGCAUCCCCCGACUUUGGCCCCUGUGAUCACCCCACCAGAAAAGAAGAUGCAGAGUGUGACCCCAGUGCAGACCCCAUGGCCUCUGCCCUUCAAAGUCCCACUGGAGGACCCUAGGCCAACCAAGGCCCACCAAGGGAGCGCCGCGGGCCCCAGUCCAGUCGUCUCUCCAAGUGGGGGCCCAAAGACUGUUCGGGCAGCUACACAGGUGUGAUCAGAGCCAGUGGCCUGCUCUGUACAGGAACUUUCUGUUUCAAUAUUGCUAUGACUGAGGGAUGAACCCCAAAAGUGGGUGGGACUUCCUGACUCCCUCUCACCUCAGAAAAAAAUUCUGCCUAUAUUUGUGUAACUAAGGAGAUGUGACUCCUGGGCUGGGAAGGAUUUCUGCUGAUCUAACUGUGUGGUUUGCACAAUCUCCAAGGCUCUGUGGUGGACCAUCAGGACUCGAUGUAUUGUUCCCAGCUAGAGAGGGAGCCUGGCCACGUUCUCUGAAGAGGUCCCCCUACACUCACUUUGCCUCCUCCAGGACACACCCCAUCCAAACCCCAGAGUCUUUAUCUUAAAACAGAUCAGAUCAUGUCCCUCUUUUCUUUAAACCCUUUUAUGGUCACAAAUUGACCUUCAGAUAUUAUCCAAACUCAUCAUGACCUUCAAAGCCUUGUUUGGUCUCCAUCAGCCUCCUGGACCUCACCUCCCAAGACUGCACCUGCCCCAUCCCACCCCCCAGCAGUACAGGCUUUCUCUCAGCCUGUACUUUGUUUUGCCUCCAGGCCUUUGACCCUAGACUUUGCUCUGCCUGGAACACUUCUGUUUCCUCUGUGUCAUUCAUUUCUGAAGUCUAAGGGUAACCAUUACCAUCUAAGAAGACCUUCCCUGUACCCCUUCCUUGGUCAUGGAUUGAGUCCCAGAGUUCCUGAAUUACCCCCUCCUCGUACAUAAAUACAUAAUUACUUGUAUAGCCUCCGACUCCCUCUUCAAACUGAGAGCUUCGCAAAGGCAGAGACCAUUUCAUUAUCUCAACAUUUAACACACAGCCUGGCACACAGCAGACAAUAAAUAUUUGUUGACCGAUCAGA